AUGAUGGCAGACGAUCCAGAAUCCUCUGACGCAUCAUUGACCUUGAAACUUGAUUCGGCCUUCCGGCUCGCUGAGAAAAGGAGCGGUGAUGAUGCCAGCGUACUUCGUCUAUUGCGCGAGGUAGCGCACGCGGCCGACGCGAUGUCGAUUAUUAGUGCGAAUGAUCUCAAGGACGACAUAAGCACACCGUCGCUUCGACUCUUCCUGAUCCCGAGCUUGCAAGCAGAACUUGAGACGUGUGCCCGCAUAGAGUCCCAGACUGAUAGGUUGCAGCUGCGCAAGAGUCAUGUCCAAGCGGCCAUCGGUGCAGCGCGUGUGUUUUUCACCAUCGCUCGCAAGCAUGAGAUCCUUCCGACAUCAUUGACAAGGCUCUUGCAGCCCUAUCUCAAUCCCGAGACGCCAUCAAAAAUGCUUUCGCCGGCAGAAAAGCGCAUGAACAAAAUCCAACAAUACAAGCUUGAAAAGGCCGUGCAGGCGCAACUUUCUGUUUUUCGGGACGCAUACCGAUCCCGAAAAGCACCAAAGUCCACUCAAGAAGCCCCCUCCAAUGUAUAUUACGACCUUCUUGUCAUUCAGACAAAAGUAAAGACUAAUGCAAGUGAUCCAGCUCUCGACGGCGAGGACGAUGGCGAUGACGAUGACGAUGACGACGGUACAGACUUGGACCGUGUUGUUACGCCAUCAUAUGAAGUGCUGCCCGUAUCAGGAUUACGUGGGUAUUUGUGUCUACUGAUUGUGUUGCAUGCGCUACGCACGGCAAACACCAUAGAGUCUGCGACGCAGGAACUGGAACUUUUGAGCCAUGCACCGCCGCCUUCACUAACUGAUGCGCACGGUCAUUCAGCAGAGCCAGACAAGACAUGGCGUCUUGAUACAGGUUGGACGUCGGCAUCUGCUGCUAAUGGACCGCUUUUAAGCGAAACUGGGCGUCCACUUCGCCCUUUUACAAUCACAGCCUCGAGCACAGCAACAAAGCGAGAGCAACUUGCCUCGGAAGUGUUUCGCCCCUCGCACCGAUUACCUACGAUGAGCAUUGACGAAUACCUCGAAGAGGAAGCUCGGCGUGGCAACAUCAUUCAAGGAGGUGGACAUAGCCAGAGCCAGCAGCCAACGCCACGGGAGCAACGUGCGGAACGAGCUGAAAAUGAUGGCACACGCGAUGCCGACGAUGCCGAGGAAGAGGCUCGACAAGAAGCCAUAUACUGGGAUUCUUUCAAAGAAAGCCAUCGACGUGGUGAGGGAAAUACUAUGAAUCGGGGCUAG